AGUAAUUAUGCCUUGAUGGUGUAGAUGUGCGCAUCUAUGAUUGAUGUACGGUCUUUCUGACUUUGAAAAACAAUAAUUUUUGUUUCAAUCUUUGACUCAGUUUGAGUGUAUGAUCUGAACUCAGAAGGGGGCGAACCAUAUUCAGAACAAAACUUCUCAUUUCUGUAUAACAAUUAUGUGUGAGUGAUAGCUCGAUUCGUUUCUCAAGCUGCUAACAAACUCUUGAGCCAUGGCAGGAGCGGACUUGCUGGGAAAACUUCGUCGCUUCGACGCCUACCCGAAGACACUUGAGGACUUCAGAGUGAAGACAUUUUCAGGUGGUGCCCUAACGUUUGUCACGGGCGUGCUCAUGAUUGUGCUGUUUGUGGCGGAACUUCGCUACUACCUAGCUACCGAAGUGAAGCCUGAGCUCUUUGUGGACUCCUCUCACGGGCAGAAGAUCAAGAUCAAUGUUGACGUAUCGUUUCCUAAGCUGCCUUGUCUAUUUCUGAGUAUAGACGUAAUGGACGUAUCCGGUGAACAGCAGAUUGAUGUGACACCUAAUUUAAUCAAGAAAAGGAUACCACCACCGGAUGUUAUUCUAGAUGGCGCCACCGAAGAACCAGUUGAGAUUGGCAAAGAUGAAGGGAAGGCGGCGGCCAACGCGCCAGUCCUAGAUCCGAAUCGUUGCGAGAGCUGUUACGGAGCGGAGACGCCCGGUCUGACUUGCUGCAACAAUUGCGACGACGUUCGCGAGGCGUACCGUCGCAAGGGAUGGGCGUUCGUUGACCCGCAGACCAUUGAGCAGUGCAAACGUGAUGGCUGGAGUGACAAGCUGAAGGCACAGCACAACGAAGGCUGCCGUGUCCACGGCUUCUUGGAAGUCAAUAAGGUGGCUGGCAACUUUCACUUUGCCCCAGGAAAGAGUUUCCAGCAACACCAUGUGCAUGUUCACGACUUACAGGCAUUUGGUGGCAAGAAGUUCAACUUGUCGCACUCCAUCGAUCGGUUGUCGUUUGGCACGGAGUUCCCUGGCCUGGUGAACCCGUUGGAUGGGCACAAAGUGGAGCUUGAAGAAUUGGAUGCUAUCAUGUUCCAGUACUUUGUGAAGGUGGUACCGACCUCCUAUCACCGUCUCUCUGGCGAGGUCCUGGCUACCAAUCAGUUCUCUGUGACCAAGCAUCAGAAGAAAGUCGGAUUGGGCGGUGAAUCUGGUCUGCCCGGUGUGUUCAUUAUGUACGACAUGUCACCAAUGAUGGUGCAGCUGACGGAAACGCGACGUUCUUUCAAUCACUUCAUCACAAGUGUCUGCGCCAUCGUUGGUGGACUCUUCACGGUGUCUAGCCUGGUGGACUCUCUCAUCUACAACGCUCAGCGUGCACUGCAAAAGAAAAUUGAGCUGGGCAAGGCAUCAUGACCUAACCACGAGAGCUACUUAUGGAUCUCGACAGCUGUACAGAUAGCAGAUCCGCAGCCCCGGGGGGUUUCCCCCCUGUGUUGUAUCCUGUGCACCAUGAGGUGAGGUGCGCUGCUGCGCUGGCAAAGAAUAUCCUUUGCGGCAACCAGCCUGCCUGCCUGCAUGCUAGCCAUGCCGGCAUGUGUCCACUCUACUCUGCUCUCAUCGUCCAGCCG